AUGUUUUCCGACGGUCACGGCAAUUCAGGAGCCGCCAGCAGCUCUGAAGAGCAGCAGAUAUCGCACUCGAACAACCUUGCGUCAUCCGACGUUCAAAUUCCACCUGAAGCUCCGUCCAGCCCCAAGUUCGUCACAAAUCUUGAGAUAUGGACCACAAAGAUACCGGAUUACUACAUUGCGCCAUUCUGCGGCGCCAGUGCAGGUGUGGCCUCUGGAAUUGUCACAUGCCCCCUUGAUGUGAUCAAGACGAAGCUGCAGGCGCAAGGCGGAUUUCUCCGACGAGGCGGCGGAGUCGUUGAGGCGAAAACCCUCUACCGUGGUAUGCUAGGUACUGGGCGGAUCAUAUGGCGACAAGAUGGAAUUCGGGGUCUAUAUCAAGGAUUGGGUCCCAUGCUCUUGGGAUAUCUGCCUACCUGGGCCGUAUAUUUGGCUGUCUAUGACCGAUCUCGAGAAUACUUCUACGAAACCACCGUCACCAAUCCCAUCUGGGUCAUCAAAACGCGGCUUAUGUCACAAAGCCUCAAGUCCAACAGUGAAGGCUACACGGCUCCAUGGCAGUACUCAAGCACUUGGGAUGCAGCCCGCAAAAUGUACAGGACCGAAGGGAUUAGGUCAUUCUAUUCUGGUCUGACCCCGGCGUUACUUGGGUUAACGCACGUCGCCAUUCAAUUCCCGCUAUACGAAUACUUGAAGAUGGCCUUUACCGGGUACGGCAUAGGGGAACAUCCUGAUAACGGUACCUCCCACUGGAUUGGCAUAUCUUGUGCGACAUUCUUAAGCAAAGUUUGUGCCAGCACUUUAACCUACCCGCAUGAAGUGCUACGGACAAGACUUCAGACACAGCAAAGGACAUCUCCAGCACCUUCUCCCGAAGAGAUCACAUUUCGUGGAGGUUUAGAUCACCCACAAGACCGCGGGAGGCCUCCAGGAGCGGCCUCAUCGGAUGGCAUGCCCAACCGCCCGCGGUAUACGGGCGUUAUCCGUACAUGUCAGACCAUUCUGAGGGAGGAAGGCUGGCGCGCAUUCUACUCCGGCAUCGGGGUGAACCUAUUCCGGGCUGUACCGGCUGCCAUGACCACAAUGCUUACUUACGAGUAUCUCCGUAAGCUAAUUGGUCACUUGCAACAUGAGGGAGAAAUGAAGCUGCGUAUGGCAGAUGAUAGAGAAAGAACCACGCUGCUGCGGGAUGAGUAA